CGCCGUGCUUUGUUGUUGUUAACUUCUAAUAGGACUUGAUGAUUAGAUCAAUACGGGGUAGCCCGCAAUACGCCUUUAUUCUUCUUCUAUACGAUAAGUUUUACCCAGUGAACAUUUUGUGUGCCGUAGUGGAAAGUGAAGUUUUUUCUGCUUUUCCAAGCAAAAAGUGAAGUGGAUUUUUCUUUUGAUAAACUUUCAAAGUAGUGAACUAUUGAAACGUAGUUUAUUUACACACUAUGCCAUUGACUUUAGAACUCUAGUCUAUACUUUCCUUUUCUAAACGUACGUAAUGUCGUCAUUCAAUGAAAACGAAACUUACGAGAGCGACUCGGUCGAACUCGACUUUCGCAAAGACCCUCGAGUCCAAUGGAUCAAGAAGUCCAUCCUCAACUACAUCGGGAUGGAAGACGAAGAUCUCUUCUACAGCAUGCUUGAGCAACAUGACACCAAGAGGAAGCUGACGGGUUUCCUCACAGCUGACAUACCGCCCACUCAACUGUCUCCAGAAAACAGAGUGUUUUACGUCUCCAAGAUAAUUGUAGACAAACUAGUUCAUGUAGAGAAAGAAUUUGUUGAAUGGAGAAUCAUUGAGCCUCCUCCACCGCCGCCGGCUCCAGCCAGCAAGAAGAAGAAAGGAAAGAAAGAAAAGGAAGCUGACCCAGCGGCCAUCGACAAAAAGAUAAAGAGUGGUAAAGGAAAGAAGAAAGGUAAGUAA